AUGUCGCUCUGCGAGAUCUGCAAGUCCAUCCCCCUGGGGAACCUCCCCCCAUUCCCCAACUCCGCAAGGCUCUUCUGCACCCCCGAAGCACCACAAUACCUCUACUUCGCCCUCAACAACAAUAACAACAACAACAACGACAGCGACGGCAAUGACCCGUCGUCUCCGAGGUUCCGCUACCACGAGGACAGGGGCGGGCUCUGGCAGUCGGCCGCGGGCGGGUGCGGCCUCUGCCGCCUGGUCGAGCAGGAGGCCCGGCGCCUCGACGCCGCGGCGCCGGCGCCCCGCAACGUCAUGCCCAACUUCGACCUGUGGGUGACGGCCCGCCGCGGCACCGGCACCGGUACCGGCGAUGGGUUCAUGGUGCUGUCGAGGUGCGGCGACGCGGACCGGCCCGACGACGCCUUCGCCGUCAUGGCGGCCGUGGGGCUAUGUGUUGAGAAAGACGACCCCUUGGCAACGGUCAUCAGGGGCCGGCCGGUCGAAAUGUUCCCGGGCGAGACGGCUUUCGGGCUGGCGCGGGACUGGCUCACCGACGACACGCGGUCGGAGCAGCCGCGGUCCAACUCACUUUCGACGCUGCCUCCCCGGCUCGUCGACGUUGGCGACCCGGCCACGGAUGGGGGCACAGUCACCGUCGUCGAGCCCGACCCGGCUGCGGACUAUCGCUACAUCGCCCUCAUGUACCGCAGCCCAGAGUGUCAUUCCGCACCGAGGGCCCCCGACGUCGGCGCCGCCCUCGCCAUCGAUGCCCUCCCGCAGACGUUCAAGGACGCCGUCACGCUCACGCGCGAGCUCGGCCUCCGCCACCUCUGGAUCGACGCACUCUGCGGACCCCCUCCGCCGCCGCCGCCGCCGCCCGAGGACCCCGGCCGCAGCCACUCGGAACGCACGGCGGAUGUCUACAAAGCCGCCCACCUCACCGUCGCCGCCCCGGGCACCGCGGCCGACGGCCUGUUCGUCCCCCGACGCGCGCGGGAGUACGUGCGCAUGCCCUACCCGGGGGCCACCGGGGCGCCGUCCGGUGCCGUCCUGGCCUACCUGCUGCCCCUCUCGGAAGAGAUCAUGGAGCUGCACGGCAAGCUCGAGUCGGGGGCCGUGGCGCGGAGCGAGCGCGUAGUCUCCCGCCGCGUCCUCCACUUCUCCACUGACCAGACCUUCUUCGAGGACCAUAAUGGUCGCUUCGUGUCCGAGGAGGGACUAGUCGGCCCACGGUGGCACAUAACAAGCCCGCCGUGA